AUGGCAUUGUCCCAAAGCACAAGAAUCGCUUUCCUCAUCGUGUUCGCGGGGGCACUCGUUGCUGGAAUCAUCGGAUUAAUCAUAGCUGUAACUGGAAGCGCACGCACACCUCCACCAAAGUAUUUCUCUGAGGGUGCAGUAGCAGCUGAUUCUCCGUACUGUUCAGUUGUUGGUCGAAAUAUGUUAAUUAAAGGUGGUACUGCUGUUGAUGCUGCAAUUGCUACCAUGAUUUGCUCUGGUACCGUUAAUCUCCAUUCUACUGGUAUUGGUGGCGGUGGUUUUUUGGUCGUCUAUACUAAAAAAACCAAGAUGGCUAAAGCAUAUAACUUCCGUGAAACUGCGCCUGCCAUGGCAUCAGAAAAUAUGUUCGUUGGAGAUAAUUCUAAAUCAAGCUUAGGUGGUUUAUCUGUGGGUAUACCAGGUGAAGUUCGUGGUAUGCAUGCAGCAUGGAAAAUGCAUGGAAAAUUACCAUGGAAAGCACUCUUUGAACCAUCUAUUAGAUUAGCUGAAGAUGGCUUUAAAGUCUCCACUCCAAUUUCUGCUGCCAUCAAUAUUUCAUCCACUCAAAAAGCAAUGCAACAAGAUGUCGGUAAAGGUUUAAAGGAGUUAUUGCAACCCAAUGGAACUAAUCUACAAAUCGGCGAUACCAUGCGUAGACCAGCUUUAGCAAGAACUCUGAGAAUUAUCGCUAACGAGGGUGCCGAAGCUUUCUAUACCGGUUCUUUGGCUCCUAAAAUCGUCAAUGAUAUUCGAUCUGCCGGUGGCAUCAUCACAGCUGCCGAUUUAGCUAAUUAUAAAGUAUCCGUCACUGAUCCAAUCAAGCUUAAAAUUGGUAAUUUAACGAUGUAUUCUUUGCCUCCUCCAUCCAGCGGUAUCGUUUUAGGUCAAAUUUUAAGUAUUUUAGAAGGAUAUAAAUUCACCAAUGCAUCCGUUGCUAAUGAAGAAGCAACUGUCUUGACUUAUCACCGCAUCAUUGAAGCAUUUAAAUUUGCUUACUCUUCCCGUUCCUAUUUGGGAGAUCCAAAAUUCAUCGACAUUAAAUCGAAAAUCGCUGAAAUGCUUAAUCCUACAUUCAAUGCCAACCUACGUAGAAAAAUCAACGAUAAUCGCAGUUUCCUACCAAGCUAUUAUGGCGGCAAUUUCCUCUCUGCUACUAAGAACGCUGGUACCUCACACAUGAGCGUUUUGGCUCCUAAUGGCGAUGCUGUAUCUGUUACAUCGACGGUCAAUUUAUAUUUUGGCUCUAAAGUUCGUUCAUCCACAACUGGCAUCAUUUAUAAUAAUGAAAUGGACGACUUUUCAACUCCUGGCUUAGUUAAUGCUUUUGGUUUAAGGCCUUCCCCAGCUAAUUUCAUCAAACCUGGCAAGAGACCUCUCUCUUCCAUGUCUCCUUCAAUAUUUGUGGACAACAUGGGAAUGGUAAAAUUCAUUUCUGGUGCUUCUGGUGGUUCACGAAUUACUACUGCAACAGCUUUGGUCACCAUGAACCAUCUUUGGUUCCACAAAGCGUUGCCCGAGGCUACAAAAACUCCUCGCUUCCAUAACCAGGUUUAUCCAAAUGUAACUUUAGUUGAACGUGAUUUCCCACAAAAUCUUAUAGAUGGAUUAGCCAAACGUGGAAAUGCCUGUGCAAAGAGUGGAAGUGGUGCAGUUGUACAAUCUAUUUCCCAGUUGAAAGCGAUGAUGAUCAGCGCCUUUUCCGAUUUACGUAAGCAUAGCAAGGCAGCAGGUUUCUUUCCAAGCUAUCCAUAA